AUGGCGGCCAACAACCGCUCCUUCGCGGCGCGCAUCGCCUCCAUCUCGUCCAACAGCUCCAGGAUGGAGUCGUGGGACGACGGCGACUUCGACGACCGCUCCGACGGCCUGCUCUUCAAGAACUCGACGGUCCACUCGCUCUCGUCACGCAUGAGCGUGCGAUCCGAAUCAGAGUCCCAGGACGACUGGCAGUUUCUCAUCUCGCCCGACGACCAGGCCACAAACGCCUCUGCCAUCACCUCGGCCGCAAAGCAGGCCGGCAUCCCCAUACCCGCAAACGUGCCCUCGUCCGCCCUGCUAGGGGGGUCCAUCAAGAGGCUGGGGAAAAAGAAGUCGACCAAGAAAAUGGAAGUCGACGACGACUGGGGCAACGACCUCGAGCUGCCCGCAAACGCCUCCGAAGGACUCAAGCUCAAGACGCUCGCCGCUCGCCCGCCUGCUGACGAUGCCGAUGAUGACCUCGACUGGGGCGAGGGAUCAUUGGGCAUCCGCUUUGCAGGCACGCGACAGGCCACUCGCGGCGGCCGCAGUUCCUCUGUCUCCGCCAUGAGCCCCAGUCUGGGCAGCUGUAUGACCAUGGAGAGCGAAGAGGACGACCUGGGCGGCCUCGUCUUGCCCACCGAGCCCAUGGACUUUAGCGCCCGUCUGGAGAAGCUCAAGAAGGCCGACCACCUACACCAACAGGACUCAACACAGCGUGCACCCGAACUAUCUCUCCUCCCACCUCUUCAACUCGGUCCGACAUCUGCCCCAGCACCUACGUCGUUCCCUACACAAGAACCACCCCUAUCACCCACCACCGGUCCCGGGUUCUUUUCACCCUUGGGGAGCCCCAAGGCUCCAUCGCCAAAGUCAAAGCCAGCUGCUGAGCCGGAGGAGGAUUUUGAAGAGGGUUUCGAGUUUGGCACUGGUGAAAUUCUGGACAGCAAGAAGCUCACCUUGAACAAGAACAUUGUCGUAAAGAAGACCACCAACAAGGCCAAUGCGCCACACGCCGCCCGUCCCGCGACCACGCUCACCUUUACCGACCGACCUACCAUGUCGAGAAUUCCAAGGCCACUACCUUCCAUCGCCAGCCGCACCCGGCUAACUCCCGUCUACGAGACUGGCGCCUCAGCCUCGAACCAAUCGUCAAGGACCAUGCCUACAACUACUAGCGCACAGCUCCUCCGCGCGAAGCGCUCUGCUCCUGUUCUUCGUAACAUAAACUCUACUCAGCCACCUCGCAUGCCCUUCAUUCCUGCUGGUGGUCCUUCCGCUCAGUCACACCACGUCAUGGCCAAGAGUACUUCACAAACACAUCUUCGUCGUGACUCUGACUCUCGUCGUCCCCUCUCUCCUUCUAUGCGGUCUUACUCUCGUUCAUCUGGACAUCAGAAUGAGACUCCGAGCCGUGCAGGGGUCCGACGCGAUUUGGCACCCUCUGCACUUGCGCGCAACCCACCCCCAAGGAAGCUAACUCAGCCCCAGCGCAAGCGGAACUUUGGGGAUGGGCACGAACUUGACAUGUUUGAUGACCUACCCACCUCGGCUACAAAAGAGAAGCAAUUCGAAAAGGUCCCACGUAAUGUUGGCAGUAACAAAUCCUUACGCACUCAACCUAGUAAUUCCCGCCUGCCCAUGCCUGACCGCAUGGCAACACCCCAGCCUCAAACUCCACGAAGUCCGCCUAAGACAGACAACACUCCACGAUUUGCUCGAGAUACUGCUGCGAGUAGGAAUGCACGAGAGCAGCGAUUGGCAGGUACGAGGUCAAGGGCGGAUGGCUCUGUUUCCCAAAGGCCAGUGAGCUGGGCUGCUCAAGUCGCCUCUCGCAGCCCUCAUUCUAGCCCAAAUCACAAGAAGAAAGGCUUAGGGCAGAAACCUCAGUUGAUCCGCCAGAUGACCCAGCCUCAGUCCUAUAGUAUGGCACUCCACCACUACUGCCCAGCUCCCACUGACCACUAUGUAGACGAAAAAGGCAUGACUUAUAACCCUACCCUACAGCGAUGGGAAGGUAACGAGGAGGAGCUCGUUUCCUUCUCCCACCCUAAUACCUCCACUACUACUCUUGCCUUGACCACUGCCAGUACACCAACUUUUGCACCCCCCUCUAACCAGACGGGUCGCCCACACGAUCGUUCGCAGUCCAUCUCGCACAUAGCGCUCUCGUCUAUUCAUGCUUCUCAAGCACACAGGAGCUUCUCGGCACGGGCAGCAAAACUUGCCCAGCCGCCAGCGCCAGCACCAGCGCCAUCCCCGCCUCGACCUGCAUUGAUAUCACAAAUAUCAGUGCCUCGAAGUGUGCAAUAUGAAGGCCGCAUGGUGUUUGAUCCUGUCAAGAUGACCUGGCUCAAAGCCCCUCGCCCGAUGAACGAUGCUCGCUCACCUUCCGAAGUCGACGAGGACGAGGACCCCUUUGCUGGCCUUGAAGACUUGAAAGACAACGAGAGCGUUGCUGGCGGCAACGGUAUGAGUGGUACCGGCACACCAAACCCCGAAGAUCCCGCCUUUGUAGGCGAAGAGUUCGACGUCGGUCCCAGUUUCAUCCGCCGCCAACGUGACGAAGAAGCCAUCUGGCGCCGUCGAGUCGAAGGCUGGGUCGGCGGCCUCCGCGACAACGGUGAGCAUCCUGGCGGAUGGCGAUGGGCCAUCCGCGACUUCGCUGCCAGCGCGCCUGCUGGUAAUCCCGCGUUUUAA